CGGUUGAUCUGUUUUCUAUUAAAUUGAAUUGAUGCUUGUAAGGAAUUACUUGAUGGACUAGUGUUUAAUUUUCAAAACCACUUUGACUAUUUGCGACAAUUUAUUAUGCUUUCAUCCUUCUGUGUACAGAGCCUUCUAAUACUUGCAUAAAAAAAAUGCCAAAUCCCCGGGAGUUUAUCGGAACUAGCUCAGGUUCAAGAAGAGGACGUCGUUCAUAUCCAAAGGCUGAGGCUUUAAAUAAGGGAUUAAACUGCGAACCUAUAAUUUUUCAUCGUGAAUAUACUAAACGAAUUUUACCUCAGUCUUCAAGAGGUAAACCUAGAGGCAAAGCUGGUCGCCCACGAAAAUAUAAAGUGGAGAUUUCAAAGACUCACCAAGAUUCUCCACCUAUUUCUGAACCUUUGGAUUCAUUAACCCGUUCCCCUAGUCUUUCAUCAGAUAAACCGCCAUAUAAACGUCAACGCAGAUUGUCAAAAGAUGAUCCUAAUUCUAUUCCUCGCCUUACUAGUCAGAAAUCUGAUAGAUCUAUUAUUAGCCUCAAAUCGGAUGAAUCUCUUUAUAAACUAUCAACAUCUCAGUCUUCCGAACGAUCAAUUGAUGAUGAUCCAUGCGUUAAUAAAGUUAAAAAUUUUAUUUGUCAUGAAUGUGGUAUGCAGUUUAAAACUAAGGGGAGAUUUGACAAACACAUACCUUGUCGUGUUCAACGAAAUUCUGAGUAUAAACAAAAACCUCAUUUAAGAAGAGGAAGAAAAUCAUUGAAUUCAAAGUCAUUGAAUAACAUUACACUUCCUUCUUGUACAAUUCAACGUGAUAGUAGUGACAAUGGUGAGUGAAA